CGUAUGAAGAACAACCAGCACUCAACUUCAGAAAUCCACUCUUCUUCUUCUCGCGAGUUUCUGAAAUAAUUCAAGAAUUCAAUUUUUAGUUCCUUAUUGUUUGUUAGUUUUUGGUAUAAACAAACAAUUCAUUUUAUACAGUUUGUUAUUAUCCUGAUCUGAAGAGCAUGUGUAAAAUACUAGCAAAGUUUUGUAUUCAAACCAGUUGAUCAGUUUGUUUCUACCUCUGUUAAAAUGGUUUUGCAAAAUACCGGAAAAUUUAACAAGUUCCGGGGUGGCGGAGGUGGGAGGGACAAUUCUGACCGUUGGGAGAGUCGUAGGGACACUGAAGCUGGGGCCAGCUUGGAGGGUGGGGCUGUGAGCCAACAGGAAAAUAGUGAGAAAAGGGAUGACAACUCAGAAUUUCGGUUGCUGCAAUCGUUGCAAAAUGACUCUAUUGAUUCAAAAUAUGGAUUUGACAGGGUUAAAGAUGCGACGGAGAGAGUGGGAUGGCUUCUAAAUAUGCAUCCGACUGAAGUUUUAGAUGAAGAUAAGCGACUCGUUGGUGCUGUGGACUAUUAUUUCAUUCAGGACGACGGCACACGUUUUAAAGCCACUUUGGCAUACAAUCCAUACUUUUAUAUACUCCCGAAACCUGGAACUGAGAAAGAAGUUGCUCUAUUUAUUCAGAAAAAAUUCAGUGGAUUCCUAGCAGGAUCAGAAUAUGUGUCAAAAGAAGACCUGGAUUUGCCAAACCAUCUUGUUGGACUACAACAACAAUAUUUAAAACUUUCAUUUUUAAAUGUGGCCGAUCUUCAACGAGUGAGAAGAGAUAUACUGCCAGCAGUUCGAAAAAAUCGAGAACGAGAAAAAUCACAUACAGCAUAUGCAGACAUGUUGCGACAAAGUUAUAUUGGAGAUAUGUCAGAAUUUUCACAUCAAAGAAGUGGUACUGAUCAAAUGGAAAAUAUUAUCGACAUCAGAGAGUACGAUGUCCCAUACCACGUCCGAGUAUCAAUUGACAAGAAGAUAUUUGUUGGACUUUGGUACAGUGUCAAACUUCAAAUUGGAGUCAGUCACAGCCCAAUAAUCCAGAGGAGGACAGACUUAAUUGAAAAUCCAGACACUAUUGUCUUGGCGUUUGAUAUUGAAACUACAAAAUUGCCUCUUAAAUUCCCAGAUGCAUCGUUUGAUCAAGUUAUGAUGAUUUCAUACAUGAUUGAUGGACAGGGAUUUUUAAUUACAAAUCGUGAGAUUGUGUCGGCGGAUGUGGACGAUUUUGAAUAUACUCCAAAACCAGAGUUUGAAGGAAAUUUUGUCAUCUUGAACGAACCGAAUGAAUUCGCCUUAAUCAAACGAUUUUUUGAUCACAUCCUGGACGUGAAGCCUCACAUAUUUGCAACAUACAACGGCGACUUUUUCGAUUGGAAGUUUGUCGAAGCUAGAGCGACAAUUCAUGGUUUGGACAUGCUAAAAGAAAUUGGAUUCGCCGUUAACCGCGAAGGAACAUAUUCAUGCCGCCCUUGUAUUCAUAUGGAUUGUUUUUGCUGGGUCAAGCGCGAUUCAUACCUCCCCGUGGGGUCGCAGAACCUAAAAGCUGUGGCUAAGGCAAAACUACGGUAUGAUCCGGUGGAGCUGGACCCAGAGGACAUGUGUCGAAUGGCGUCAGAACAACCCCAAAUUUUGUCAAACUAUUCUGUGUCAGAUGCUGUUGCUACAUAUUACCUUUACAUGAAAUAUGUCCAUCCGUUUAUUUUCGCCUUAUGCACCAUUAUUCCGAUGGAGGCUGACGAGGUGCUAAGAAAAGGAUCCGGAACUCUUUGUGAAACGUUGCUGAUGGUUGAAGCUUUUCACGCAAGUGUAAUAUUUCCCAAUAAGCAAGAAUCCGUUCUGAAUAAAAUGACUGAAGACGGUCACGUUUUGGAUCAAGAGACAUAUGUUGGUGGUCACGUAGAAGCGUUAGAAUCUGGAGUAUUCCGAUCGGAUAUUCCUUCACGUUUUAAAUUAGUACCUGAAAUAUUCGACACUUUAAUAGGCAAUGUUGAAAAAACUCUAAAACAUGCACUCGAGGAAGAGGAGCAAGUUCCACUCGAGCAAGUGACUAAUUUUGACGACAUAGUUAGCGAUAUCAAGUCAAAGUUACUAAGUUUACGAGAUAAUCCUAUUCGUCACGAGUAUCCCUUGAUCUACCAUUUGGACGUUGGUGCCAUGUACCCCAACAUUAUUUUAACAAAUCGGCUUCAACCCUCUGCAAUGGUGAACGAAGCAGUGUGUGCGGCUUGCGAUUUUAAUAAACCCGGAGCCUUGUGCCAACGUCAAAUGGAGUGGACUUGGCGAGGAGAAUACAUGCCUGCGUCUCGAAGUGAAUUUCAAAGGAUUCAACAACAGCUUGAAAUGGAAAAGUUUCCUUCUGAAUUUCCCAACGGUCCUCCUCGAGCCUUCUAUCAAUUGAAGAAGGAGGACAGGGCUGCUUACGAAAAGAAACGACUCGUCGAUUAUUGCAGGAAAGCGUACAAGAAAGCGCACGUCACCAAAAUCGAAGUACGUACUCAGACUGUUUGCCAGAGAGAAAAUGCUUUUUACGUCGACACCGUUCGAGCCUUCCGAGAUCGAAGAUACGAAUAUAAAGCUUUAAACAAGAGUGCAAAAAAACAAGUAUCAGAUGCUGUUGCAAGCGGCGAUGCCUCCGAAAUCAAGUCUGCUCAAAAUCGGGAAGUUUUGUACGACUCACUACAGCUCGCUCACAAGUGUAUUUUGAAUUCCUUUUACGGAUAUGUUAUGAGACGAGGUGCCCGAUGGCACAGCAUGGAGAUGGCUGGUAUCGUGUGCCACACAGGCGCAAACAUCAUUCGACGUGCCAGAGAAAUUAUAGAAAAGAUUGGGCGACCCUUGGAGCUAGAUACGGACGGUAUUUGGUGCAUCUUGCCAUCGUCGUUUCCAGAAAAUUUUACUUUUACAACCAAAUUGGAGAAAAAAUCCAAAGUCACCGUUUCUUUCCCGAAUGCGGUACUCAACUUGAUGGUCAAGGAUGCCUUCACCAAUGACCAAUACCACGAACUUUCGGACACAACAAGUUGUGAGUAUGUGGUUAGAAGUGAAAAUUCAAUCUUUUUUGAGGUGGAUGGACCGUACUUGGCAAUGAUAUUGCCUGCCUCGAAAGAAGAAGGAAAAAAGUUGAAGAAACGAUACGCCGUGUUCAACAAGGACAAGAGUUUGGCCGAAUUAAAAGGAUUUGAAAUAAAACGAAGAGGGGAGUUACAGUUGCUGAAAAACUUCCAGUCUUCUGUCUUUGAUGCAUUUCUUAAAGGUGACACUUUGGAAGGAUGUUACAAGCAUGUAGCAAAGGUUGCCGAUUAUUGGCUAGACGUCUUGUAUUCAAAGGCAUGCGAUAUGCCAGAUUCCGAGCUGUUUGAUUUAAUUUCUGAAAAUCGAAGUAUGAGUAGAAAAUUGGAGGAUUAUGGAGCCCAAAAAUCAACCUCCAUCAGUACAGCGAAACGCUUAGCAGAGUUUUUGGGGGAUCAAAUGGUCAAGGACGCUGGUCUCAGUUGUCGUUUUAUCAUCUCGAAGAAACCUGACGGUGCUCCCGUUACUGAAAGAGCAAUUCCUUUAGCUAUAUUUCAAGCUGAGCCAAGUGUAAAGCGUCAUUUCCUGCGACGAUGGUUAAAAGACAACAGCAUUGUGAAUUUUGAUAUUCGUACUCUCCUGGAUUGGGAUUAUUACAUUGAACGAUUGGGAAAUUGUAUCCAGAAAAUUGUCACAAUUCCAGCUUCGAUUCAAGGAGUUGCUAAUCCAGUUCCUCGCGUAGCACAUCCAGACUGGUUACAUAAACGCCUUUUAGAAAAGACAGACGUGUUGAAACAGAGGAAAAUAAAUGAAAUGUUUUCUAUUGCACCAAAACCUUCUGAAGAAGAGAAUCCUCAAGGUUGUGAUAACAAUGUUGGCGAUAUUGAAGAAGUUGGAGGGGCUGUGCGACCGGCUCGCAGCAUGGUUGUUGUUACUUCCUCGCGGAAUCGAGAAAAACGCGGACGAUCUCCCGAUGUUGAUCUCUCUCAACACUGGAAAGAUGCACUAGGCCCUGCCCCUCCCCAGGGGGAUGAUGCAGAAAGCAUUGCAACAUGGCUUAUAUUCCACAAAAAGAAGUGGGAGUAUCAAGCAAAACAGAGGUCCGAAAGAGUUAAAAAAGCAAGACUGACAGAAUCAACUAACGACUUUGGGUUGAACAAUGCUGUUGGAAAAAAGAAUCAGGGGCCCGUUACUUUGGGAGGAUUCUUGCGCCAAGCCCAACAAACUUUGUUGAACUCGCCUUGGCAAGUCAUUCAGGUUGUAGAAACUGGACAGCCAGGACUUUUCAAAGUUUGGGCAAUAGUGGGACAAGAACUUCAUCAAAUCAAAGUGACCGUUCCGCGAGUAUUUUAUCUCAACUCGAAAGAAAUGAAGCCAAAUGGCGACGGGGAACAUUUCAGAAAAUGUAAUAAAAGUUUACCUCGCUCUCAUCCCAACUAUAAUUUAUACGAGUACACCAUUCCUGAAGAACUGUACAAAGCGACCUCCAAUGACCUGUUGGCAGACUUGGCUACUCCAGCAGUGGAAGGAAUUUACGAGACCCAAGUGCCUCUAGACUUUAGAACUCUGAUUCAAAUAGGUGCAAUAUGUGCAGUGGAUAGACAAGCAGCUCGACAGAUGAGAGAUACUGGAGAGUCUUUUGAUCUCAAAAAUUUAAAUUUCGUACCUGUCGCACCAGGCUUUCCGUAUUUGGACUUGUCAGUCGUUAAAUACAUUUACAUUUACUACCAUCAAUCUGGGACAAAGUCUAUGAUUGGAGUUUUUGUGACGCCAGCAUCCAAAGCUACAAUUUUUGUGGUCGACACAGUUCGUACGAACCAAAUGCCAAAUAUGAACGUGUUGUACAAUCUUGCUCGAACCGAAAGAAUUAGCAGAGGCGAUGGAGAGGAUAGAAUGCCAGGUCCAAACUUCACGAUUGAUGUCAAGGUAGAGAUUGAUAUGCGUGCCGUUCAUCGUGGCAUACAUAGGAUACUUCAAGGAUAUAAGGAUGAGAAACGAGGGCCUACAGUGAUUGCUCUACAGUCCAAAAUCAAUUUCACCCACUGGACAUCGGCAGUCCCUGUCAUGGGAGAGUAUCCUAUCAUCCAAAUUCAUGUGAUGGAUGGUGACAACUUGUACGCUUCUCUGGACUGGCAGCGACUUGGAUCAAAAGUUCUGUUGCGCCAUUUUUUACGGAGCAAAGUCAUGCUUUCGGCGGCGAUUGAUCUCAGUCUUUAUUUCCAAGUCCCAGUGGGCAACAUUCCCUCCGAUUCCACAAUGUUUGGCUGCGACAUAUUUUAUGCGCGACAUCUCAUUCGUCAGAAUUUCGUGCUGUGGUGUUCUCAAAGUGAGAGACCUGAUCUUGGUGGAAAAGAGGCUGAUGAUAACAGGUUGAUUACGGAGUUUGAAGAACAUAGUAACAUUGUGCUGAACCAACCGAGUUUUUAUCAAACGGUUUGCGUCGAGUUGGAAUUGGACGGUUUGGCUGUGAAUACACUUUUGCAAGCUCAUCACGUUCACGAUAUUGAAGGAACAAGUGCAACUGUGGCUUUCGAUACGAUGCCACAACAAUCAUUGGAGGAAAUGAUGGGGAAUGCACCCGGCCCAUCGCUUGCCAGUUAUGAUGAAACUGCCCUAUGCAGUGGGGCCUUCAGAGUUUUGAGAACAAUGGUAGCAUCGUGGUUAAGAGAUGUUUCCGUGCACCGAAAUGUUAUUGCUGAUUAUCAACUAAUAAAUUUUUACAGAUGGCUUAGGUCCCCCCAUGCGUUGCUGUACGAUCCAGCACUCCGGAAAUCAUUGAAUAACUUGAUGAAAAAACUUUUUAUUCAACUUGUCGCCGAGUUUAUGAGACUUGGUGCUGUCAUAAUUCACGCAGAUUUCAGCCGACUCAUCAUCUGCACCAAGAAAAGUAGGGUAGCCGACGCGUUAGGCUAUGUUGAGUACAUCACCCAGUCCAUAAAAAAUAAGGAAUUGUUCCACAGCAUUGAUAUAAAAGUUACGCAAGUUUGGGACUGUCUGAUGUGGCUUGACGCGGCAAAUUAUGGGGGCAUCAAGGGGAAAGUCAAGGACACUGAAACCAAAGAAAUGGAAAAGUCGGCGACGAGAAAAAUAUUCAAGACGAAUGGGAAAACUAAAAAUCGAGAUGACGAGGACAACCCAGAUGAUGAAGACGACGAGGUUGAGGAUGAAGAGAAUGAAGUAGAGAGUGAAAUGGAAGAGCUCAACUUGGAUGAUGAUGAGGAAUCAGAGCCAUUUGAGAUGGACAUGCACUGGAGUCUUAUCAACUAUCUACCUGAAGUUGGCAACUGUAAACAGAAUUUCGUUACAACCAUUUCCAGCUACAUAAAAGCAGUAUUUGAACAACUUUUGGAAGAAAUGGACGGAUUUGUACCUGGGCAUACCCCAGUUCGAAGGCGAGGAUUAAGUCAACAAACGCCAAGAAGAAAAUGCAACAACCCCCUUUUGAAAGGUACUGUGGCGUUCUCUCGAGAAUUGGUUCAGGGAGAAUUGGCACAGCUUUUAUUUGGGGUAGUGCAACAAAUAGAAAAGAAAUAUCCGAACCCUGUUGCUACAUCCGACAACAAUUCUGCCACAUUCCGCGUGUCAUAUUUAAUUCCAGAAAAACCUGCACUAGAGUUUAUUAAAGCCGUUCAUAAGGUUCUAUCGCUGGAUGCAAACAUCGAAAGCGAAUCAUUCAAACUGAGGAGAAAUUUACUAAAGCUGAUCAACGUACCAGAGUUUAGUAACAGUGCGCAGUGGGUGGAUCCCUGUAUUUCCAUAAUACUUCCAGAAGUCAUCUGCAAAGUUUGUAAUCAAUGUCGUGACAUUGACUUGUGCAAGGAUCCACAUUUACGAAUAGACAACGACCUGCCAGUGUGGGUGUGUCCUGCAUGUAAAACCAGCUAUGAAACUACCGAAAUUGAGCAAAAUCUAGUGGAAAUGAUUAACAGAAAGUUGAUGGCCUAUGUGUUACAAGAUCUGCAGUGUACGAAAUGCAAUCAGAUAAAGCAAGACAACAUGUUUUUGGUCUGCACGUGCGCUGGUGUUUUAAAAACUUUGAUGGAUGUUCAGCAAACCGCAACAAAAUUGAGAGCAUUUCGAGGAAUCGCAACACACUUUGGGAUGCCUCUGCUUCUUCAAAAUGUCGAAUGGAUAUUGAAAUUAAAUCCACAAUUCGAUAAAUCAUAAUAAUUCAUUUACUCGCAUUUGUAUUCCGUUUUAAUUAAAUCCGGCAUGAUGCCCUCUCAAGAAAAGUGACGUAAAUAUUAUGUUUUUAAUUUAAAUGACACUUGGGUCAAUGCGGAUCGAUUAAAUUAUUAAAGGAAUAUUAGUUAGCUGUUC